UGUCAAAUUCACUAAUGUCAAGUCAAUUCAAUCAAUUGAUUUCAUUCGCUUAUUAUUUAGUGUAAUUAUUUAGCAUUAAUAAACUUGAUUAAAUAGAAAAAUGUUUAUUCAUAACAUACAAUUUUAUAAAUAAUUUUAUGAUUCAAGCUUUUUGACGUAUAUCUUGCGUAUUCAGCUAGGGAAAAAAUAUUCUCUGUUAAGAAUGGCGUCCGUCGCUGCUUGCCGUGUUUGUCUUGCUGUGGACGCGAGACUGGUGACCAUUCCCGUCUCCCUGAAGCUGGUAUACGAAAAGCUUACCAGUACCACUCUGCACACACUGGACGGGCGGCCCGUGUCUGCCUGCUACAUCUGCUACGCUCAGCUCCGCAAGUGUCGCAGGCUGAUGCUCACCUCGCUCAGGGCUGAGGCUCUGCUUACUGAAAUGUUAUAUUCACAUUCACGGAUAACUGACAAAUUGUUGUCAGAAAUUGACCGCAGCUCUGUGGGGCUGUGUGGAUCACUGACCAUCACUAAGAAUGACGGCUACGACAUCAUUCCAGACUUUGUCGAGGUACAGGUCAAGGUGGAACACGAUGUCACUACAACUAAAUCUGAAAAGGCUAUCAAAUGGGACUCGGACGAUGACAAUGACCCUAUAAGUGUAGCACAUUCACCAAGCAAUAAGGAUUUGACAGUGAAAAGAGAGGAGGAAGAUCCAGCAACAUCUGGGGCUGACAGGAAAGCUGAAGGCUCAACAAGCAAAACCAAACGGCGUAAGUCCCGACGGGACUCGCCAACAGCGCCCCGACGGCACCAGUGCAAAGUUUGUCAGCGACGAUUCAAACGGCAUUCCGCCAUGAUGGUCCAUGCCAGAACACACACCGGCGAGAAACCUUACCAGUGCCACAUCUGUCACCUUCAGUUCAACCAAACAGGGAAUCUGUUGAGGCAUUUACGUACUCACACUGGUGAGAAACCUUACGAAUGUAACGUGUGUCAACGUAGAUUUACCCAAAAAAAUGCUUUGUUAAGCCACUCGACGUCUCACACUGGUGAGAAACCUUAUCAAUGUAAUAUUUGUCCUAAACGCUUUGGUCAGAAUGGUGCUUUGCGUAACCAUUUAAAGACCCACACUGGUGAGAAACCGUUCGAAUGUAAUGUUUGUCAAAAACGCUUUGUCACAAGCAGUAAUUUGCAAUCGCAUUUGAAAAUUCACACCGGCGAGAAACCUUUUGAAUGUAAUAUUUGCCAGAAGCAGUUCCGUCAGAGCGUCACUUUGCGUUUGCAUUUAAAGACUCACACUGGUGAGAAAUUUAAAAGCGGUGACGAUCAAAAUAGAACAGACGAUUUUCCAUUUGGAUGUGAUAUGUGCACGCGACGUUUCAAAGAAAAAGCCGAUUUGGAUUCUCAUGUGAAAUCUAAUGUUUGUCAAAAACUUUUUAAAUGUGACACGUGUCAAAGAUUAUUUAGUAAAAAGCAAAUGUUACAAGUCCAUAUGAGGACUCAUACUGGCGAGAAACCGUAUAAAUGUGUUGUAUGUCAAACUAGGUUUAGAGCUCAGGGUGGCUUGACAAGUCACAUGCGUAUUCACACCGGCGAGAAACCUUAUAAGUGUGUUGUGUGCGAGAAACGGUUUAGCCUGAAGUGUAGUCUGAAAACUCAUGCCAGACUGCACACAGGUGAGAAACCUUUCCAGUGUAGCGUGUGCCCGCGUCGGUUCAAUCAGAACAUUCACUUGAUAGCGCACAUGAGAACUCACACGGGUGAGAAACCUUUUGAAUGUCAAGUGUGUUUACGUAGGUAUAGUCAAAAGACAGAUUUGUUGAAUCACGUGAGAACUCACACCGGUGAGAAACCCUUCGCGUGUGACGUGUGUCCUCAUUGGUCUAGCUCUAAAAGGAACUUGUUGAAGCAUCUAAAAUCUCACAGCGAGAAAGUUCCUGGUGUCUGUGAAGCCCUGUCCAGCUCUAGAGCGGAGUGUUCUGAUAUUCUACCGGCGACUGUUGAAAUCAAAACAGAGCUGGAAACCGAUGUUGCCACUGUUGAAAUUAAAAUUAAGUUGGGGUCAGAUGUUAUCAACCCAGAGGUCAAAACUGAGUUUGAGUCAAAUAUUACCAACACUGUGAACUAUAAGGAGAAUUCAGAUGUUGGCAAAAUUGAGACAGAUUUGGAUGUUACCAAAACUACAAUCAAAAUUGAGUCUGCUGGUCAUCUACAGGCUUCAGAAGUGAGAUAUGUCAACAUCCAUGAUGUGAAACUUGACAUUCAUGAAGAUAAACCCUUAUUGGAACCCAAAAUAGAGUUGAACACGACAGAGGAAAGCAGAGAGCUCGGAGCAGAUGGCGCUUCGGCUCAGUUGUCAGCUGAGAAACAGAAACGACUUGAAGGGAACAUAACCAACAGGAACCGGCUGCAGACGAGAGAUUCAAGGAAAGAUGAGUCACAUCACGAAUGCGAUGUUUGUCAACGUAGUUUUGUGUCUAAAAGUGGUUUAACAUCACAUUUAAGGGUACACAUAAAUGAAAAACCAUAUGUAUGUCCCUCGUGCCACAGUGGAUUCACAAAAAAAACUGCUCUAGACAGACAUUUGAAAAAACAUAGCGGCGAGAAACCAUAUGAAUGCAAUAUGUGUCAAAGUAGAUUUUCUGUAAAAAGGUCUUUGGAAUAUCAUUUAAAAACACACACUGGGGAGAAGCAAUAUAAAUGUGAUAUAUGUCAGAGCCAGUUUAUUCAUAAAACUAAUUUGAUAUAUCACUUAAAAAUUCACACCGGACAGAAACCGUAUGAAUGUAAUGUGUGCCGAAGUCAGUUUAGUGUUAAAAGUAACUUAGCAUCUCAUCUGAAAAUACACACUGGUGAGAAAGCUCAUAAAUGUAGUAUAUGUCAAAGUAGAUUUACAUUAAAAGGUAAUUUGGACAUACAUAUGAGGUCCCACACCGGGGAGAGACCGUAUGAGUGUGACGUUUGUCAUAGUCGAUUUUCUCAAAGGGGCUCAUUGAAAUAUCAUUCAAGAACACAUACCGGUGAGAAACCUUAUGAAUGUAGUGUAUGUAAUAGUAGAUUUGUUCGCAAAGCUCAUUUAGAAAGACAUACAAGAAGAGCACAUAGCAUGAUAACGGACCCUGGGCUCCGACGGUCAACGGCUGAGGAAGAAGUCGGGAAAACAGAUGAAAGAGACCAAUCACCAAAAUAACACAUUAAAUGUAUUAUUUUCAAAUCUAUAUUUUAACAGAAUAUAUGUAUUUAUUAAAUUUAUGAGACUGUAAACAGUUGUAACAAUAUUAUAUUUUAAUUUAAAUAAAUCUCAAAUAAAAAAACAAGCUGUGUCAAUUCAUAUUCAUCCAUACUGGAACCAUCCAGUUAUUGGUUAUCAUAUAGUUAUCGAUGUUUCUGUUACAUAUGUACUUGUAUCGUGAAAUAAAUAAUAUAUUGUUAC